ACUCUUUUCUCUUUCUCUUUCUCUCUCUCUCUCUCUCUCUCUUUUGUGAUUUGUGUAUGUGUGUGAGUGGAGCUCAAUUUCCUCUCAAGUGUGUGUAUUGAAAUUUCAAGAAUUUAAUACCACCAAAAAAGUAAAAAGAAUCAACUUGAUAUCCUUCCCCCAAUUACUUAUCCUUUUAGGGUUUACAAAAGCAACCAAAAUAGAUAUGCUUCUUUUCUGAUCCCCCCUCUCACCCUUCCAAACCCCAAAAUUAAUGAAUUUUCACAAACAAGACAUGGAAUUUCUUACCAAAACAAGACAAGAUCAAGAUGAAGAAGAAGAAGAUGAAGAAGAAGAAGAGGAUCAAGAUCAAGAUCAAGAUGAAGAAAUCAAGAGUAGUAUUGUUGCAUGCAAUUUCUUCCCAAAUUCUCACUCCCAAUUAACCCAACAACAAGAUCAAGAUCAUGAAAGUGGAAAUUAUGAGUCUCAAAAUGAAGAUCAUCAACCAAUUCUCAUGGAUUUAUCCUUAAGAAUGGAAAGCAAUGGCUUUGUUGAUGUUGUAGAAAGAGAACACAUGUUUGAUAAAGUUGUUACUCCAAGUGAUGUUGGCAAAUUAAACCGUUUAGUUAUCCCAAAACAACAUGCUGAGAAAUACUUCCCUUUAGAUUCAACCACAAAUGAGAAAGGCCUCAUCUUAAACUUUGAAGACCGUCAUGGAAAGCCUUGGCGCUUUCGUUACUCUUAUUGGAAUAGUAGCCAAAGCUAUGUCAUGACAAAAGGUUGGAGCCGUUUUGUUAAGGAGAAAAAACUCGACGCGGGCGACAUCGUUUCCUUCCACCGAGCUCUCCCAAGUCAUUCCGCUAAUGAUAACCGUCUUUUUAUCGAUUGGCGCCGUCGUCGCCCCGAUGCUCCUGCUCCUCAUCACCAUCAUCACCACCAUUUCUCCAACCCUUUUCUCCUCCGUUGGGCUACAGCUCGUCACUUGCCACCACCACCUCCUCCGCGACGAAUUACAACUCACAACCACCAUCUUUACCCUCAUUACGGGCUUGAAAUCCCUAAUUUUGGGAUGUCUAAUAACAAUAAUUCUUCCAUGUAUUAUUUUAGACCUUUGUCGUCGUCAUCGUCUUCUUCUUCAUCUCUUUAUAGGAUGGGAAAUGGGGAUGAGAUUGUUGUUAAUAAUCAAGGAUGUUCUUCUAUGGGGAUUAUUAACAAACCCGACUCCGGCGCUGCGAAACGGUUGAGACUCUUUGGAGUUAAUAUGGAGUGUGCUUCACCAGAGGUAGACGGAGGAGGAGGAAGAGAGGAUGUGUCAAAUGGCGGCGUUUCGAGAAGAGGGAAAGAACCCUUGUCGUUGAAUUGGGAUUUACUUUGAUUCAAGAGACAAACGAGACUACAGAAACCAAAAGGAGGAAGAACAAACAAAAAAAGGUUUGGAAAUUUUAUAUGGGAAUCUUCCAUUAUAUAUGAAUUUUUCUUUUUCUUUUUCUUUUUCUUUUUUCUUUUUUCUUUUUUUUUUUUAACACAUUUUGCUGUCUAAUUUUCACGAAUAUUGGAAGUUGAAGAAAAGGAAGAUAUUGAGAUAUAUCAAUCAUCAAAAUUGUUCAUCUUUGUAGCCCUUUGAAGUUCAUUUUAUUCUAAUUAUUACUGAAA